AUGUUCAAAAGUGGACCAAACUACACUAAACUGAAAACAAACCUAAGGCUAGUUAUCAACAGAUUAAAACUGUUGGAAAAGAAGAAAACAGAAAUGGCACUGAAGGCACGUAAAGAAAUAGCGGAUUACAUUUCUGCCGGCAAAGAAGACAGAGCAAGGAUCCGAGUGGAGCAUAUCAUCAGAGAAGACUAUCUUGUUGAGGCCAUGGAGUUGUUAGAGAUGCACUGUGAUCUUUUGCUGGCAAGGUUUGGACUGAUACAGACACAGAAAGACCUGGAUCCAAGUUUGGAGGAGCCCAUAGCAAGCCUCAUUUGGGCUACCCCACGACUUCAAGCGGACAUUCAAGAGUUAAAGUCUAUCACAAAGCACUUUACCAGAAAGUAUGGCCAGCAAUUUGCUUAUGAAUGUACAUCAAAUAAACGCAGUAAUGUUAAUGAAAAGAUCAUGCACAAGUUGUCAGUACAUGCCCCUCCUAAAGCUCUGGUGGAGCACUACAUGGUAGAAAUUGCCAAGACAUAUAAUGUGCCUUUUCAGCCAGAUCUUUCAGCCUUGCAUGGAGACACAGUAGAUGUUCAUCCACUGAAUCGAGGAGGUAACAGUGGAGGUGGACCUCAUGGAGGUACAGGAAUUCUUCAGCCGGGCAUUUAUGACUCACUUUCCAAGCCUGUGUCUCAAACAAAAUUUCCAGCAUCACAAGGAAACAGUGGAUUACCAAACAUAUUGUCUCAUGGACAUUACGAUCAUUUAUCAACGACCAACAAUGCAGGAUUAUAUGCAAGUUCUCCCGUUCCAUCUCACUUUGACCAUAGUGAUCCACCACCAAAGCCAGCUCGUACAUUUGGAUUAUCUGCACCACCACCAUAUAUAACAAAUGGAGAGACUGGCAUGCCUACAAAUAGUUUUCCAGGCUUUAGGAGUGCUGUAGAAAAUGGUUUAAUCAAUACCCAGGGAAGAGUUGGAGAUACUGAUUUUGACGAGCUAAGUAAAAGAUUUGAAGAGCUAAAGAAUAAACAGUAA